AUGAGAUUCAUAGCACUGGCGUUGGGAUUUGCUCCCAUCUCACUGGCAUCAGACUAUUUUGAGGUAUCAUCAGGAGACUAUCAUCCCUUCGCUCCCGGAUAUACCAUUGGUGCCUAUCCCCAAGACUUCACACUCGUUGGCCCUCCUCUACAACCUAUCCACGACUCUCAAAAGCCCUCCACCGGUCUGGCCGUCGAUUCCGCGCACAAUCUCUACCUGACAUAUCCUCGCAACUCAGACCAGACACCAAGCAACGUGGUUGUUUGCACAUCGUACAACGACGAAGAACCAUGGCCGAAUGCAGCUAUCCAGAAUUGCACCGCCGGUCAGGAUCCGGCAACCUGUUUCAUCAACGUCCAGAACAUUGUUCUCGACGACCGGGGAAGGCUGUGGGUGGUUGACAGCGGAAUUCCAGCCCACGCCAGCCCAGACACCAAUGCGCUAUUUGGAGGUGCAAAGCUCAUGAGCUUCAAUGAGACGACGGCAGAGCAUCUUCAGACCUAUGUGAUACCCCAGGAUCUAUUGUCGCAUCGGAUGAAUAUGAACGACAUGCGUGUCAAUACGACUUUGGGUGGACGAGAAGGAUAUGCUUUCAUCACUGAUGCUAGCAAGAACAGCUCGUUGCUAGCGGUGGAUCUCGAGAACGGCAAUGCGGUACGCAGACUGUUCAAUACGAGUGUUGUUCGAGCAGACGAGAAGUACGUCGGUUCAUAUGGCGGCGAGCUCAUCUACACCUGGAAUGGCACACAAAAAGGUCAUCUCACGACUGCCGCAGAUGGCAUCGCCUUGGCAUCCGGCAACUUCUACUGGGGCGUUCUAGCCUCCCGUCGCUUUUAUUACAUCUCUCAGGACAUUCUAGUCGACCAAAGUUUGACAGACACUGAAGUCCUUGCCGCCGUACAGAAUCCAGGCCAAUGCGGUUCCGAGCAAGCUGGCUUUACUGCUGACGAUCGCGGCCGAGUAUACAUCGCAGCGAGUGAACAGAACGCGAUAUACUACGCCGAUACGCUGGAGUCUGAAACCAACAUGACAGUCAACGGCAAUGCGCCUGGAGGAUCUGGUCUCGUUCCACCGAAUGACUAUGUAGUGAAGACGUUGGUGAGGAACGCGAUGAUUCAACAUGCUGAUUCUAUGGCUAUCUGGGAUGGAUGGCUGUACUUCAACACCAAUCAAUUGACACUAGGUCCUGGGUUCCAGUACAACAACACAGAUAAGAGGAGAGGCCCUUUCCGUAGCUUCAGACUGUGGAUCGGGAGGGGACCAGCGGUGUAG